CACGCACAAAACCUCUCCUUCUUCCCUGCGUCCGUUUCCUUCGCCGUUUUGCUCGUUCCCUCUGCACGCUGCACCGACGACGAGAGGCGACCAGGAAUCCGACGCUGCUGACCGCUGCCGUUUCUCUCUCUCUCUAUUCCGGUUCGCGUGCGCCAGGCCGACGAGGAGCAGCGGCGACCAACCCUUCCUCUCUAAGAUCCGAUUUCUUCAAGUUUUGAGAAAUUGGGGGUUGAACACCGCCAGAAUCCGGUGAGACGCCGGCGGCGGACGUCGGCAGCCUGGCCAGGGCUGCGACAAUGGCUUUGGUUGGCUCUGUGGGAUCCAAUUGGGUCCAAUUAGUUCCCAUUGGAUUCAGUUCGGGUCUAAUAGGGUUCAAUCGGGUCCGUUUGGGUGCAAUUGGGUCUGUUUUGGGGCUGUUUGGGUGGCCAAGGAAUACCAAACGGGGCUGUUUGGUCUGCUUCGGGUUUGGGCAGCCGGGGUGGCUACUGGCAGGGUGCCGGGUUGUUCCGGCGACGAUGGGGACUGCUUCGGCGGGGGCAGCGGGCCUAAGGAUCGAUUCUUUGGGCUCAAUUCCGUGCAGGGACAGGGGCUUCAACCCGCCCAAAGUGAAUCUCCUUUGGGUUUUUGAGCUGGCCCUUUUAUAGCAUCGCUUGGGGUGCCAUGACUCAAAGUAGUUGAUGUGGAAUAAAAUAAGGACAUGAUGUUCAAAUGGAAGGUGUUAAUAUAAAUAUUUUUAUUUAAGCUAUUUUUCUUCGUGAUCACAUGCUGUUGCUGAUUGUAUGUUAAUGUGGUGCUAUUCAGUGAGUUAAUGCUGGCUUAGGUAUAUUUUCACUCAGCGUUUUGCUGAGCGUGUAGUCGUUGUUGUUUGACUGCACGCAGCUAAGAACACAGAUUUGGAUGGACAACCCAGAGGGCAGUGAAGUGGUGGUGUGGUGUGGAUGGCUCUUGUUUACUUUAAUAAUUAAACUACAUAAUUUUAUUUGAUUAUAUAGAUUGUUGGACGUUACUUGGGUUUUAUUAUGCUUCCGCGACAUUUGGAUUUAUUUAAUUAUUCUGAUGAGUUUGGGUUUAGUUA